AUGGUCGAUAGCAGCACGAUGGGGAAGGACGUGACCACCAUCGACACCGUGCUUCAAGCCCACAGGGGCCGUGUUCGUCAAUUCUCCCUCAGCUGGACAUUGGACUACAACCACUUCUUCAUCGUCGAUUACUUGCUUGGAUCCCCUCAGCUCUGCAAACUCCAGGAGUUUGAACUGAUUUGUUCAACGUGUGACACACUUCAGUUUCCCAUGGAGACUGAUUGCAUGCCCAAUUUCCCACACCUCAAGGAGCUCACCCUAUCCAACAUCAACAUCGUCGAUGGGGAGAGGGGAGGGGCAGCUCGCGGAGGAGGUGGUAACCAAAUGGGUGUAGUGACAAGGGCCAUGAAGAGGAGGCUGGAUGAGGAAUCCAGCAACCCAGAAUUGGCGCCCAGAGGAGGAGAAGACCUGAUAAGCCGCCUCCCGGACGAUAUCUUCACCAGCAUCAUCACUAUCCUCCCCGGCAAGGAUGCUGCCCGCACACAGAUGCUCUCACGGCAGUGGCGACCGCUCUGGCAAUCGGCGCCUCUCAAUCUUGAGGCCAUGGUCGAUAGUAGGACGGUGGGGAAGGAUGUGACAACCAUCCAGACCAACUCCAGGAUUAGCUCCUUGACCCUUCAAAGUCUUGGUGUGUCAGAUGCUUGUUCUUAUGUAGAGGGAAAGCUGGAGGAAGUAAUUAUCGAGAAUGCCCCACUCCUAGAAAGGCUUACCCCACCAUGUAUACGGAAUGAAGGCUUUGUUAUUUGGGUUACUCAAGCACCGAAAAUGAAAACAUUGGGCUAUCUAAGCCAUAAAAUUUCCACAAUUGAGCUUGGAACCAUGGUUUUCCAGAAACUGGUUCCUGUUAGUCUGUCAAAUGUGAUGUGCACUGUGAAGAUCUUAGCUCUUGACAGAGCUCCUGAUCUGGAUGUUGUUAUUGACUUCUUAAAAUGCUUUCCGUGCGUGGAGAAGCUAUACGUUGUGGCGUUCAUUCAGGGGAACUUCAAGAAUGCACUGCGAUAUGUUUCACUUGAGUGCCUUGAUCUACAUCUUAGGAUGGUGGAAUUUAUUAACUAUCAGGGUAAUAUGUUAGAUUUGAACUUCAUCAGGUUCUUUGUAUUAAAUGCUCGAGUUCUAGAAUGUGUGAAGCUUGUAGCCGCUCAUGACAAAUAUGGCAGAAAAUGGAUGGAAAAACAACAGCAAAAGCUACAGCUUUAUGGCAGAGCUUCACGAGGCAUCACAUUUGAUUUUCAAGCUGAUUACGGGUCAAAUGGUUCAGUACACAUGAAGCACAUCAGUGAUUUGACUACAGAUGAUCCCUUUGAUAGUUCAUUUUGUAGAUGCCGUGAUGAGGAAUUAUGA